ACUAUGUUCCGGCAUGGGGAGGUGAUCAUAUCAAAGUUCUUGAUCAGGGAAGACAAGUUCAGCUUCUAAUAGACCGAUCUUCAGGAGCUGGAUUUCGAUCAAAACAGUUUUUCGGCUCUGGGCUUUUCCGGAUCCUAAUGAAGAUUCCAAGCAAGAACACUAAAGGAAUUCUCACAACGUUUUUCUUAACUUCAGCUAUACCUAAUCAGCCUGUAAAAAACCACGAUGAGCUUGAUUUUGAGUUCUUGGGCAGCAAUGACAAGGGUUAUGCAUUGAAUACAAAUGUUUUUGCCAAUGAUUUUGGAGGCAGGGAACAACAGUUCAGGCUUUGGUUUGACCCUACUGCAGAUUUUCAUACAUACGAAAUUCUUUGGAACCAAAAGCAGAUAGUUUUCUUUGUAGAUGGAAGACCUAUCAGAGUGUUCAAGAACAACGAACAUAUUGGAGUAAACUACCCAAAAAAUCUGAUGCACAUAGAAACAAGCUUAUGGAAUGCAACUUGGGCAGGAAAUGUUGAUUGGAGCCAAGAACCCUUUAUAGCUAACUAUAGAGGAUUUGAAAUUGAAGGGUGCUUAUAUGACCAUUCUAACCCCAAUAAAUGCUAUUCCCAAGACUAUUAUUGGAAUGCCGGAACAUAUUUGCAAUUGAGUCCAAAUCAGCAAAGAAUCUAUGAAGUUUUGAGAAAGAAAUAUAUGUCUUAUGACUAUUGUACUAAAAAUUUAAAGAAUCAUCCAGAAUGUGAAAGUAACAAGUGAACUGA